ACGGGUCUCUAGGACACGUGGGCAUCCAACGUGGCACCUGCUGGUGCCUGCAACUGAUACGCCUUUCACUGCAAAGAGUAUUGAGACUGUGAUGGCAGUGAAGAAGGAGAAGCUAUGAAGAUGGAGGAAUCUGUGGUGUAUAUGUGGGGCUAUCUUCCCGGAGCUUCGCCGCAGGGCUCGCCGCUGCUUUCUCCGGUACCGGUUGCGCUGCCGGCUUCGACUCUCUCCGAGGAAUCAUGGAAGGAUGUUUGUGGCGGCGGAUGUGGAUUCGCUGUGGCAAUCUCAGAGUCUGGAAAGCUCAUAACGUGGGGUUCCGAGGAUGAUCUAGGACAAAGCUAUUUAACUUCAGGCCAGCAUGGGGAAACACCAGAGCCUUUUCCCCUUCCAACUGAAGCUCCAAUAGUGAAGGCUGCUGCUGGUUGGGCACAUUGUGUUUCACUUACAGACAAAGGUGAAGCAUACACAUGGGGUUGGAAAGAAUGUGUUCCCUCUGGGAAAGUCCUCCUUGAUUCUACUGGGGUACGCUUUGAAAAGGAUUCAUUUGGAAAACAAAGUUUGUUACAGACUGAACAAGAGGGUCCAAAGCCUCAAAGCUCAAAUUCAACUGGCGGAAUGUUAUCUCGUGUUGACAAUAGAAAGGCAAGAGAGGGAAGUAUCAAGAAAAGGAGAACAUCAUCAGCUAAACAGGAACCUGAGAGCUCUUCAAUGUCUGAUGAUGAAACUUUUUUGGCAUCACCCUGUCUCGUAACUUUGGGUCCUGGAGUGAGGAUAUCCACCGUUGCUGCUGGUGGGCGCCACACUUUAGCACUGUCAGAUAUGGGACAGGUGUGGGGUUGGGGCUAUGGAGGCGAAGGGCAGCUAGGUUUGGGUUCUCGGACAAAGCUGGUGUCUUCUCCUCAUCUCAUACCUUGCUUCAAUCCAUCUGCUUAUGGAAAAGACAGGCCAUCAUUAGUUCAUCAAGGAAGCUUGAGUUCAACGGAGGACAUUUCCAAAGUUCCUGGAAGUCGUGUGAAAGGGAUUGCUUGUGGAGGUCGGCAUAGUGCAGUAAUAACUGAUGCUGGCCAAUUACUCACAUUUGGUUGGGGGCUUCAUGGACAGUGUGGACUAGGGAAUACACAUGAUCAGCUGAGACCAGCUUGUGUGUCUGCUCUAUCGGGUGUCAAAGUUACAGGAAUUGCCGCUGGACUAUGGCACACACUCUGCUUCUCUGCUGAGGGCCAGGUCUAUGCUUUCGGUGGGAAUCAAUUUGGACAGUUAGGAACUGGAGCAGAUCAGGCUGAGACUCUGCCUAAGCUUUUGGAUGCUUCAAAUUUGGAAAAUAAGCGUGUCAAAAUAGUGUCUUGCGGGGCUCGCCACAGUGUCGUACUGACAGAGGGAGGAGAAAUUUUUAGCUGGGGAUGGAACAAGUAUGGCCAGCUUGGUCUUGGUGAUUGUAUUGAUAGGAACAUCCCUUCCCCAGUCUCCAUUGGUGGUUGCCAGCUUAAAAAUGUUGCAUGCGGUUGGUGGCACACACUGCUACUGGCCACAACCUCAACCAAGCUUGUCAAGGAGAACAGAGAUGAGGAACAGUUUUGUUAGAAUAGUGAUUCAUGAAAUUAUCCAGAGUAAAAUAAUGCAUGCCAUGUGUUUCAUGUUUUAUGUACAAUAUGUUCCCAUGCAUAUACGAGCGGCGCAAUAAUGUGUCCCUUGGUUCA